UGCGGAGGAACAGCCAGGAGAGCCACAUUGUACCUUGAUUAGAAGCAAACGCAGGAGGAAGAAGAGGCCCUGCUCCCGGGCGGAGAUGAGGAAACUGAGGCCCUGGAGGUGCCUCCGAUCCCAACUCCAGCAGACUUUCUGGCUGCCGAAACCAGUGAGGGGAUCUUAACUGUUGCCAGCAGGAAGAGGGGGCAGAACAUGAAGCUGGCCAUCAGAAGUAGAGCACCACGCUCUGUCUAAAGGACUCUUCUUGGAGGACCAAGCUGGCAUCCAUGCAGUGCUGACCCUGGAGGACGGACCGCAGGUGGCUGCGUGGGACCCAGCGCCACGGUCCAUGUUGCCCUGCAUUGGCACCAAGAGUAUUUCCUUGGUCGUGUUAGCAGCAUGCCUUCGUUGACAAAAGCCCCGAGCACACCACCAGAGGAGAAGCCCAAGGGGAAAUCUCCUGCCCUCGAGGACAAGCCCAAGGGGAAAUCCCUGCUGGGCCUGGGCUCCCUCUUUGGGAAUCGGGGUGAGAAAAUUGUUAUUGCGAGAAGCGAUAGUGCCCCCGAUGAGAAUGUCCUGAAGAUCACCAUCACAGAGACCACAGUCAUCGAGUCAGACUUGGGCAUAUGGAAUUCACACGCUCUCCUCUACCUCACCCUGUGGUUCUUCUUCAGCUUUUGUACUCUCUUUCUCAACAAGUACAUUUUGUCUCUGUUGGAAGGCGAGCCCAGCAUGCUGGGAGCUGUGCAGAUGUUUUCCACCACACUGAUUGGCUGUAUUAAGAUCUUUGUUCCAUGCUGUUUAUAUCAGCACAAAGCACGCCUGUCCUAUCCAUCUAAUUUCAUCAUGAUAAUGAUAUUUGUUGGACUAAUGAGAUUUGCGACGGUGGUCUUGGGGCUGGUUAGCUUGAAAAACGUGGCUGUCUCGUUUGCCGAAACAGUGAAAAGCUCAGCUCCUAUCUUUACGGUCAUCAUGUCCAGGAUGAUUUUAGGAGAAUACACUGGACUGCUGGUGAAUCUGUCCCUUAUCCCCGUCAUGGGUGGGCUCGCGCUCUGCACAGCCACCGAAAUCAGCUUCAACGUCCUGGGGUUUUCCGCAGCCUUGUCCACUAACAUCAUGGACUGUUUGCAAAAUGUGUUUUCCAAAAAGCUCCUCAGUGGGGAUAAAUACAGGUUUUCUGCCCCAGAACUUCAGUUCUAUACCAGUGCUGCUGCUGUGGUCAUGCUCAUUCCAGCUUGGAUCUUUUUCAUGGAUAUGCCAGUGAUUGGAAAGAGUGGAAGAAGUUUCCAUUACAAUCAAGAUGUCGUCUUGCUGCUCCUAAUGGAUGGCGUCUUGUUCCACCUUCAGAGUGUCACAGCCUAUGCCUUGAUGGGAAAGAUCUCCCCCGUCACUUUCAGGUAAGCAGGAGACAUUAGUGGGAGUAUGAGUCACCUUGAAA